CUUUUUUGGCUGACGCCAAACUGACGCGCCGGUCGACUCAACCACCGCUGGAUGCGCUCUCAAACCUUCAUACAGCGCUCUAGGUCAAUAUUGAAGACAGCCAGGGCCGCAGUCUCAAUCCGUGACGCUGGGGCCAGUAGCGCAAGACCAACGAGACGAACUCCGCUCUCGAAGCCUUCGCCCUACAGUAAACGCCUAUCCUCUACAACCCCCGUCGUCUCCAGCGAAGCCAGUCCGGAGGAUGCACCGGAUGCCUCAGAACCGCCAUUAGCAUCCGAGCCUCCCUUGGAGCCACCAGAAGCUCCUGAGGAGCCCGAGAAGGCGAAACGUCGGACACGCACAGCGUCAGCUAGAGAGGCGGAGGCGCAGAUCGAUUUACCGGAAGGAUUGGGUUCUCAAAUCUUGUGGCAACCCGAUUCCGACCCAGGACAGUCGCAUCAGUCAGCACUCCCGCCACCUGAACUACUCGACGAGGCGCUGCAUAAUUUGCACAUAACUCUGCAUCCCCAGACCCAGCAUCGGGCAGCAUAUGCGUCGCCUCUCGGACCGCUUGUCGACCCGACGCUUGCGCUGUAUUGCCCCGUCGAGGGCGGAGAGUACGUUGUUGACGCAACGGUGCGUGAACUGGCGCGGAGGACGGGUGCCGAGGUUCUAGUUCUGGAUGCGGUACAAUUGGCUGCAGGGGAAUGGGGAGUGUUCGGCAAAGCUGCCAAUUCUUUGCAACUGACCCGGAACCCGUUGCACUUUCGAUCACCUACAAUAACAUCGAAGACAUUAGCGUCGGAAGAGGAUGAAGAAGACUCUGACUCCGGACCUUCUUUCAAUCCGACUCAAAUGCUGCUGACAGUGCUCAAUCCUCAAUCCGGGCGCAGUGUAGUCACGCCUUCACGUCGCAGUGGUCCGCCCAGCAAGAUACAAGUGUUUUUCGACACAAUUGUUAACUUGUCCUCAUCUGAGGAUGGGCCACCAAAACCGCGGCUGAUUUACAUCCGAGGCAGGUAUAUCUCCGGUUUGGAUCAUGGCACAACUCAUCUGUUCCCAGAUUUUACCACUUUGGCUCCGUCAACCUCGGCAUGGUAUCCAUACUUGCUCUCGGCCGUCCGGGAACGGCGGAGGAGGACAUUGGCGCGCACAACCUCUCCGGUAACGCAUCCUGUGACUAUUGUCUUUGGAAUGACUCCUCCCCUGGUCCCACGAGCGUCUUCGGCGACCACCGUGCCCUCUCCGCAGCCCCCUCACCGCUCUGCGGGGUCGCGAGUGGCCGACUCGCACUGGAGCGAAGACGAUGCCAGCGACAAGGCACGGGAAAAACGCCUGCGCGAGCGUCUACGUCGGUGGGACAAAGAUGACGGGCUGCGGGAGGAUCUGUCGAAGUUUUCGGCCGUCUUGGAUAGCCGAUCAGGGCGUGAGCCUGCUGCUGGAAUCCUGAUCGUACGAGGCUCUCAAGGAUCGGUCAUCGCCCAACCCGGCGCAAAUGACGACAGAAGUGAAUCUGGUGCCGACACAGACUCACUUUUCUUCCGGACAACCAUCAUUGUACCGGGUACGCGUUCGCCAGCAGAUGAACGCGUAUGCCGAGUGACAAGGCGGCGGGAGAUCAACGAGCUGACGAUGCGUAUGUCGAUUGGCGGGAUCGGAGGCCUGUUGGAAAGCGGGGGUGUGAUUGCUUCGCAGGAUGAAAUGGCCGACGAUCUGCAUGGAAUGUGGGAAGACUGGGGCAAUCGCAUCGAAUUGUGGUCAACCGUGCGAUUGGUAGCCGACAACGCUCUCGGACACGUGGUUGCCACCACCUCACCAACGCCGUCUCUCGAUCCUACUCUCGUCAACUGGUCACAUGUUGGCAGCGCUUGGGCUGCCCAUCAACAGCGACAGUCGCUUCGCAAAGCAUGGAUGAAGGAUGUGUCCAAGUCUGCCCAGCCUCUUGAAGAAGAAGCAGCAGAGAAUGAGACGGCAGAAGAGCAAGUUGUCGAUGAGCUGGUGGAGGCCUUGAAGAACGACGAGGACCUGGAGCCUCAUGAACAGCGGCUCGUUGCGUGUAUUGUGAAACCAAACACAAUGCCCACUGGUUUCGGUCAGGUGCACCUGCCUGCAGCUACAGUCGACGCCAUCCGGACGAUUGUCUCGUUGCCGUUGCUGCAUCCUGAAGCAUUCCAACAGGGCAUUCUCAAAGAGCAUGCUAUGACCGGCUGCCUGCUCUUCGGUCCCCCGGGUACCGGAAAGACACUGCUGGUCCGUGCUCUUGCGAAAGAGGCUGGAUGUCGCAUGAUGGCCAUCUCUCCUUCCGAUAUCAUGGAUAUGUAUGUCGGAGAGGGGGAGAAACUGGUCAAGGCGCUCUUCUCUAUCGCACGUAGAAUCGCUCCCUGUGUCAUCUUCCUGGAUGAGAUGGAUGCUCUGUUCUCCGCCCGAGAAAUGGAUGGACUGCGUUCGUCGAAGGAUGACAGCGUCAUCGUCAUCGGUGCGACAAAUCGGCCUUUUGAUCUAGACGACGCUGUUCUGAGGCGGCUGCCUCGCCGCUUGCUCAUCGAUCUCCCGGGUGAAGCCGAGCGAGCAAGCAUCCUUAAGAUUCUGUUGCGGGACGAGCAGUUGGACGCCGAUGUUGAUAUUCAAAGCAUUGCUAAGAAAACUGAGGCGUUCUCCGGUUCAGAUCUCAAACAUCUUUGUGUUGCGGCCGCUGUUGAUGCAGUGAAGGAGAAUCUGGUCUUGCCAUGGAAGGCGGCUACGACGGAUGACAUCAAGCAGCCUGCGUCUGACCAAUCUGGAUCCGAAGCGAGCUCGGCGGAGCACUCCGAAUCGGCCACUCCAGAAUCUGAAGGAGCACAGACCUCCGCUGAAGAGACGGUGCCCCCUCCAGACCAGGCCCCGCGAAUAUUGUAUCUCCGUCAUUUCACCAAAGCACUCGCCGAGAUCACCCCGUCGUCUUCGGAACAUCUGGGCAGUCUCGCUGAGCUGCGCAAGUGGAACGAGGAAUUUGGGCAGGGCCGGGACACCAAAAAGCGACAACAGCCGUUGUGGGGUAAGGGCCGAUUCGGCUUCGGGGACCCGAAAGCGAGUCCUCCUGCACCAGAAGAAGGGCGCGUUCUCCCAUUAGACACGGGUCGUUCAUAGCAUCAUUAAUAGACGGCAUACUAGACUAUUGACCAAUCUAUCUACUGAUUCGCUCGCGAUCGUCGUUUGCCUUUAGGUGUCUCUUGUUCGUCCUCCUCGACAUCCAUAGAAUCAUCAACUCGCCCCCUGCCCUGACGUUUCGGCUGACUAGAUUCUGCUGCAUCUUCCUCUGAGUCGUCCUCUUCGUCCUCGUCAUCUUCAUCGCUGUCCUCGACCGACUUUCUCACUCGUCUCUUCCCGUCGUCGCCGUCUCUGACAGCACCCUCUCCAACGGGAACCAUACUUUCAACAUCGAGGGCCAGUCUUUGCCACACUUGGGACAGGUCCUCCGGGAAGACCUCUUGCCCAUACAGUGCCCAUGGAAGUGAGCAUCACAGUCUGCAGCAGGGCAGCCGACACCUUUGGUCACCAGCUAAGCCCGACGCUGGGUCUCGAACAGGUCAAGACCUCAUCCGCAUACGCCGCUCGAUAGACGCACCUGCUUCUCAGCAGCCAACCUUUGCCAACGAAGCUGGACAGAACAAUCUCCGCCUGUGUCUUGGUCAUAUUCGACUUGGGUUUGAGUGUGCUGACUUCGCGAAGAGCUGCCAUGGAUGAUAUGGAGAAGGAAUGCCGUGGCGCAAGUAUGAUUUGCUCAAUCUGUUCAUCCUCAGACACAUGUUGUGAAGAGACUACUUUUGGAACUGACGAGCGCUUUGAAAAACGCGAUCUCGCCCGGCGUGUAGUCUGUAGCGAGCUGGGCGAUC